CUGAAAAAAGAGCUACUAAAAAAGGCAUAUUGGAUGAUAAUACUAAUAAUGAAGAAGCCUUUAUUGAAAUAAUCUCUAUACAUGAAGUUAGUGAUUAUAUUGCCGAUAUGAUUGACAAUUUAGAACUUCAUAGUGCGCUUCAUCUUACCUUUCGUGUUAGACUUGAAAAUAUAUCUGAUACCGCUGAUAUAGACGUUAGAAUGAUUGCUAAAUUGAUUGUUGAUGAAAUUGAAGAAGGAGAUGACUAUAAUUGG